AUGUUUAUUUCCGCACCUAAUCCAGUUUUCUACAAACACCAACAUUUCAAGAAGAACUUGUGUAACCUGGCUGACUUACGCCCUUCGAAGCUGAACACUCCUCGUCCUUCUGCACCAUUUCCUCCAUUCUGUUGUAGUUCCCACUUGUCUACGCCCUCCAACACCCGAGCCACACCAGUCUACACCCUCCAACACCACAUCCACACCAGUCUACAGCCUCCAACACCCGAUCCACACCAGUCUACACCCUCCAACACCCGAUCCACACCAGUUUACACCCUCCAACACCACAUCCACACCAGUCUACACCCUCCAACACCCGAUCCACACCAGCAUACACCCUCCAACACCACAUCCACACCAGUCUACACUCUCCAACACCCGAUGCACACAAGUCUACACCCUCCAACACCCGAGACACACCAGCAUACACCCUCCAACACCACAUCCACACCAGUCUACACUCUCCAACACCCGAUCCACACCAGUUUACGCCCUCCAACACCACACCCACACCAGUCUACACCCUCUAACACCACAUCCACACCACUCUACGCCCUCCAACACCACAUCCUCACCAGUCUACACCCUCCAACACCACAUCCACACCAGUCUACAUUCUCCAACACCACAUCCACACCAUCAAUACCCUCCAACACCACAUCCACACCAGUCAAUACCCUCCAACACCACAUCCACACCAGUCAAUACCCUCCAACACCACAUCCACACCAGUCAAUACCCUCCAACACCACAUCCACACCAUCAAUACCCUCCAACACCACAUCCACACCAGUCUACACCCUCCAACACCACAUCCACACCAGUCAAUACCCUCCAACACCACAUCCACACCAGUCUACACCCUCCAACACCACAUCCACACCAGUCUACACCCUCCAACACCACAUCCACACAGUCAAUACCCUCUCCAACACCACAUCCACACCAGUCUACACCCUCCAACACCACAUCCACACCAUCUACACCCUCGAACACCCACCACAUUAUACUUUGCAGUCGCGUCCCUCCCCGUCUGGCUUAAAGCUGGUGUUUGAUAUUAUCAUCUGCGUUGCUUCUCUCCUUAGGGCAUAG